ACAUUUAGCAGACACUCUUUUCCAGAGUGACUUACAGGAGGAGCAAGGGCACAUUGACAGAUAUUUCACCUAUUUAGCUCUGGGAUUUGAACCAGCAACCUUUCAGUUACUGGCCCAAUGCUCUUAACCACUAGGCUAGGCUACCUACCUGAUUAACUGAGAAGGGAAUAAAUGUUCAUACAGGGAGACAUUUUCAUUGGAGAAUCACUGAAGAAUAUGGAUAUACUCAAAGCCUUGCGUUACAACCUCUUGGUCAACCGUGUCAGACAGGCCUCAUCCUCAUUCCGGCGGAUCAAUAGUAGGGAUGAAGAGAAUCAGGAAAAAGAUUUUGAGAUUGUCGAGGUGGACAGUCUUCAUACACAAAGACGGUGCCUUUCAGACAGGCAGGAUUUAGACUACCUCAGCUCGGAGGACCCAACGAAGCCUGAGCUCACAGACCAAAGCAGCCUCCUUCACAUUGGUCAGCUAUGUCAGCUAAAUGAGCAUCUUCCUGCCCGGCUAGAGCAGUGCCCCUGGUCUCUGGUUUACAGCACCCAGAGACACGGCACCAGCCUGGGCACUCUGUACAAGAGCAUGGGGGGCAUGGACUGCAGCACCAGUACCCUCACUGUCAUCAGAGACAACUGUGGACAGGUGUUUGGUGCAUUUUGUCCUACUACUCUUCGAAUCAGUCUGUCAUACUAUGGAACAGGACACACAUUCCUCUUCUCCUUCUCUCCACAACUCCAGGUUUAUGAAUGGAAGUUUAGUAACUCCUUCUUUGUGAAGGGAAGUCCAGACUACCUGGCAUUUGGUGGAGGAGGGGGUCUCUUUGGCCUGUGGUUAGACGAUGGCCUGAUCCGUGGGCAGAGCCAGAGGUGUGACACAUUUGACAAUGACGUGUUGUCCUCCUCUGAUGACUUCCUAAUCAACGACCUGGAGGUUUGGGCCAUCUCCUGAGACAAGGGACUGCAUGCUACUGCUUACUUAAACGUUAUACAACGAUUGUGACAGUGGAUGGAAUUGAAAAAGACUGUACCUCUCAUCUGAGGAUCCAAAGCCUGUGCAAGGUGAUUCAACUCCAUCACCUCAAUAUUUUCCAUUACAAACAGAUAAGGCCCCUAACUCACCAGCUUCAGAAGCAUUGGGAAAACAGAAAUAGAGUACUACUGGCCUCUGGUGUUCAAUGAUUUAGACUGUGUGUAAUAAUCACUCCUCUCUGUUGGCUUUAUUUUCUGCUUGGUAUGUCUGUAUCAUUCUGUGGAGAUUUGGAUUACUUCAGAAAUAUUCUGCUGGGAGUUAAACAAUUAAAGGACAUUCAGAUUAGCACAGUUGACUGGUCAAUCUCAAUCAAUAACACAUGAGGGAAGUUGUCUUUAUUGGCAAAGUGCCCAGUGACCGUUGAUUUACAACUCUAGAGGGCGCCCUUGUCACAGAGCUCCUUUCUGUCUCGCUCUCUUUCUAUACAUUACCUUCAGAAAGUAUUUACACCCUUGGACGUUUUCCACAUUUUGUUGUGUUACAGCCUGAAUUUAAAAUGGAUUUAAAAAAAUGUAAAAAUUGUCACCGGCCUACAUAUAAUAACGCAUCAUGUCAAAGUGCAAUUAUAUUUUUUGAUUCCUUUUGACAAAUUACUUACAAAUGUAAGGCUGACAUUUCUUGAGUCAAUAAGUAUUCAAGCCUUUUGUUAUGGCAAGCCUAAAUAAGUUCAAGAGUAGAAAUGUGCUUAAUAAGUCACAUAAUAAAUUGCAUGGAGUCU